AUGACUGAUCUCGACGAGCUCAUCGCGAAAGCGAGGGCCUAUCCUCUAACAGUACUGGCUGCAACUGACGGCUCUGUCCCUCAGUCCAACCAGUAUCAGGCGGCUUCAGCUGCUAUAAUCUACAAGGGACAUCGUGAGCUCGAAAGGACUCGCUAUGUCUCUGGCAGAGUUACCGCCCCUGAUGCAGAACUCAAUGCCAUCUCGAGUGCAGUGCGCCUUGCUGUCACGCAGGCAAACUGCCAACAUAUCAUGGUCUUUACUGACUCUAUGGGCUCAGCCCAUAAAGCGGUCGACCCUUCCAUACACUCUGGUCAGGCGUUUAGCCUGUCAGUCUGUCGCGCUCUCCAGGAGUGGUUUGAGGUGGAUGACCUCUGCUGCAUCACCUUUGUCUAUGUCCUAUCUGCUCUGCAGUGGGACAUCCAUGCUGAUGCACAUAAGUAUGCCAGCGAACUUAAAGUCAGGGUCGGACAUCGCAAGACAGACAAUUCCAUAGACACACUUCACUCCCAAGCUGCACAUUCAGUCCUGGAUUCAUGGAGCUCCACUUUCCAGGAUCCAACCUACCGAGGCUCUGAAUUCUUAGAGCUUCAACGGCCUGACGGGCAGCCAAUACAGCCAUCGUACCUCAAUGGGGGUCCUUGGCUUUCAACCUUUGGACACAGUAUCACUGAGUUCGCUCGCGUUUGCUGGUGUAUAACUGGCCACACACCCAUUGGAGUGUAUUACCGUCGCUUCAAGAUCAAUGAGCCUCAUGGCUGCACUUGCGGGGCUGCUCUGCAGUCUCGCCAGCGCGUCCUCUUUCGCUGCUGCGAUCGAUAUUCUGUACAUUAUCCCCGUUUUCUCGGGGAUAUUGCAUCGUUUUUGAAGCACAACCCUACAGUGUUUGGCUUCAGCUGGGACCCUUUGGGGGUCGGAUAA